AACAAUUUUAGUGUACAACGAGCAACGUAUACACAUUUACACAUCUUAUCGAAAGUCGAUUUGGGGAGAACAAACAAGGUAACGAGUUAAUCACUGAUAUUUGAUUAAAUAUUUAUAUAAAAGCACAUAAAAAGGAAACCACCGAGCAAUAUGGCUACAGUCACCUACGAAGAAGUGAAAGAUGUGCCCAACCAGCCCAACACCUACCUGAUUGAUGUGCGAAACAAGGAUGAGUUGGCCAGAACUGGAGUGAUACCCGGUGCUAUAAGUGUACCAAUGCCCGACUUGGAAGCUGCUUUUCAAAUGUCUGAAAACGACUUUAAAACCGCGUUCAAUCGCGACAAGCCGAGUAAAGAGACAGCACUGAUAUUCUCGUGUCAGUCUGGUGGACGCGCUAAGCGAGCUUAUGAUUUGGCUGUAGCAAAUGGCUACAAAAGCGCCAAGUACUAUCCGGGUUCAUGGACUGAGUGGGCAGAAAAGGAAGGCUUAAACAAAGCUUAAAUACGAAGGGAAUUUCACAACUGAGAUUUAAUUGUAGUAAAAUCUAACUAAGUAGUGUACGUAGCAGAAAAUUAGCUCAAAGUUGGAACAUAUCAAAUAUAUAAUAUGAAAAUAAUAUCAAAUACUUACAUUAGAAAAAUACCAUCAAGCAAUCAAAGCAAAACGAAAUAUCUAUUUUGGUGUAGCACAUAAUUACUGCAUGACAACAAUCAAACUUUGAUGAAAUCAGCUUGCAUUUAAAGUAGCUUACAAUUCAAGUAGAAAGUUCAUUAAAUAAAUUAAAAUAAAUAUCUAA